AUGGCGUCUGUCACUCCCACCACCUUUUACGAGCAGCUCCCGCUCCCCACCAUCGACCGUCCCUUCGGCAUCGAGCUGUGGCCCAUCUUCGACAAGGCAUGGACCGCCGUCGUAGGCUAUCCCGCCAGCGAGUUCCGCUUCAAGCAGGGUGACACUCCCAUGUCCACCCUUAAGGAGACCCUCAUCUUCAUCGUCAUCUACUACACCAUCAUCUUCGGUGGCCGUGAGUGGAUGCGCAACCGCGAGCCUUUCAAGCUCAAGACGCUGUUCUUGAUCCACAACUUUUAUCUUACCGCCAUCUCCGGCAUACUUCUGGUCCUCUUCGUCGAGCAGCUCCUGCCCACCGUCGUUCGCGGCGGCGUCUUCCACGCCAUUUGCGACAAGGAAGGCGGCUGGACUCAGCCUCUCGUCGUCCUCUACUACCUGAACUACCUGACCAAGUAUCUCGAGCUCCUCGACACCUGCUUCCUUUUCCUCAAGAAGAAGCCCCUGAGUAUGUGCAGCCGCCCCCUAUUUGCCGCUGUCAUGUGA